CAGUUUAGUUUAUCGGUGAAGAACGCUGCACGAGCGGACGGAAAACGGCAUCACCCAACUGCAACCUUACUCGAAACUUUUGUUAAUCGAGGAAGAUCUUGCUGGGACCGACAAUUCUUUUGAUAUUUGCCCAUUCCAACAGCGAUUUCACAGUUUUUGACAUGGCAGAUAGCUCAUUGCAGGAUCGCCUGCGUGACCACGCCAAAGCAUUCGACGGAUUGCUCUCUCUGAUUCCCGCAAAGUACUACUACGGGGAAGAUAAUAGCGACCAAUGGAAGAAGAAGAAGCAGACUAAAGAAGAAGCCGCCGCUGCCAGGCGCGCAAAGUUAGAUCCGGAUUCUGCAAAGAGCGCAAAGGACGUCAUGGACGAACGGGCUAAGAAGCGAAAGCUCGAACAACUUGAGGAGGAAGGCUCUGAUAUCGAGGGCGUCGAGAAAGAGUUGCCAAGGCAGGGUCUUAAGCAGGCAGAUGCCAAGAACAAGAAACAAAAGGUGCAGGACAAGGAAGAUAAGAAACCUAAUGGCACAGCAAAGGCACCAGCAGACGAUGCCGAGGCAGCAAAGCAGGCCAGGAUAGAGGCGAAGAAGGCGAAAGUGGCUCUGAAGAAGGAGAAGGCCACCAAGAAGGCUGAGAAGCAAAAGGCGAAGAAAGCAAAGGUAGCUGAACAAAAAGUCGACCUCAGAGACGAUGAUGCUGAGAUAGACGUCGAAGGGAUUGUAGCGGAGGACGAGGUCGCCGACGAGACUGUGGAGGGAGACGAGACUACCACAGGAGGAGAUGAAAUGCAAGAUAUCGAGAUGGACGGAAUCGCCGAUGAAGUAGACGCAGAGAAAGAGACCUCGCCACAACCCACCGUUUCCUCAACCUCCACCCCUCAAUCACCCACCUUCGACACCACCGACAAGCCAUCCACCAACUCCACCUCCACCUCCACCUCCUCCGUCGUUCCCCCCACCAAAGCCCCGAAACACAUCAAACUCCCCACCGACCCCGACCUCCUCAAAGCCCGCCUCGCAGCACGCAUCGAAGCCCUCCGCGCGGCCCGCAAAGCCGACGGCCCCAACGGCGCCCCCGCCCGCAACAGACAAGAACUCAUGGAGUCCCGCCGCAAGAAGGAAGAGCAACGGCGCGCACACAAGAAGGAGCUUCGCAACCAAGCCCGCGCCGAGGAAGACGCCCGCCGCGAGGAAGCCCUUGCCUCCGUCCGCGACUCCCCCGCUAGCGGCAUCAUGAGCCCGGCCAUCCACACCGCCGAGGUGAACAACUUCUCGUUCGGCCGUGUGGCUUUCGCGGACGGCCAGCAGCUGACUGACGAUCUGUCGACGCUGAUGAGUGCACCGAAGAAGCGCGGACCUCAGGACCCGGCGACGGCGCUGCAGGCGGCAGAGAACAAGCGCCUCCGCCUCGCGGGGCUUGACGAUGGCAAGCGCGCCGACAUCGAGGAGAAGGACAUGUGGCUUGCAGCAAAGAGGCAUGCACACGGCGAGAAGGUCCGCGAUGAUGGAAGUCUGCUCAAGAAGACGCUGAAGCGCAGGGAGAAGGCGAAGAAGAAGAGCGAGAAGGAGUGGGGCGAGAGGAAGGAGGGUGUUGCUAAGAGUCAGGCGAUUAGGCAGAAGAAGAGGGAGGAGAAUCUGCAGAAGAGGAAGGAUUCUAAGGGUGUGAAGGGGAAGAAGGGUGGAAAGCCGGGGGCGAAGAAGGGUGGUGCGAAGCCGAAGUCGAGACCGGGGUUUGAGGGGAGCUUUACCACGAAGAAGAGGUGAUGUGGGUUUGUAAGUAGGUGAUGGGAUACCGGUAGGGAUAUUAUGGAGUUUAUGGGCAUAGUGAUGAAUCAAGAAGUGUGAAUCGUCAAAUUAUUUUUUAUGAUUGAG